ACCCCCACUCUUACGUGAGAGACAGCGCUGUGCCCUUGGUUUAGGGAAGUCAAGAGAAAAUGAUGACGAUGAAACGCAACAUCCGUCCACCUGUCGACCCCCUAACGGUCUUCGCCCCCCCUGUCGAUGCACUGAUGGCCGCUGCCAUGAAAUCAGGGGCUCGGAGUUGGGCGACGCGGCCGGUGGUCAAUCGGGAUACCGUGGCUCAGGUGCGGGCUGCGGAGCGGACGUCAUCGAAGGACGCGGCAGUUGUGACGCGAACAGAGUGGGUGUGCAGCCCCACCAGCCCCCAGACCAAGCCAGCAUGUGUUGUGGACAACGCGGUCCAGCCGUCUCCUCACCCUCUGAAGCCGUCGUCGGGUUUUCGGCCAUUCAAACGCCUGAAGCAGAUGAUCUCCCAACCCAGGUCAGCCGCUCACUCACGCAUGCCAACCGCCGCACAGGGCGACAAGAUCAUCCCCCGUCGCCACGAGGAGCGGCAUUCCGACCCCCUCACUGCGACAAUGGUGCAGCCGUCAUCGGCUUCCCUCCCUCCCCAUUCCCCACCCUCAGCACCAGUCACUGGACCGCCAGUGAAGGAGACUGUCGCUGAGGUGCCAUUCCAGCCGCCCGAGCCAUCUGACAGCCGUCCUGAUGAUAUGUCUCACCUGCCGAGUCCUUCACUGCCGCCAGUGGAUGGGCCUCCCGCUGACAGUGGGAAUGUGGAGGGCCAAGACGACAAUCAGCGCAGAGACGGGGAGGAGCACGAGUGGCCAAUGGAGGGGGCGCGACUGGUCGAUCGGCACACCGUGGCUGAGGUGCCAGCUGUGGAGCGGAUGUCGUCUGAGGAUGCGGCAGUGGUGACGCCAGCAAAUUGGGUGUACAGCCCCGGCAGCCCCUCUGUUGGCUGCCUUACCUCUCAUGCAUCCCCGCUUCCAACCAACUCAUCAUGUGUUACGAAUAGCGUUGAGGACACUCGGCAGCCAUCCUCUCGACCACCACCGCUGCCCACCAAGUCUGCGAGACGUUAUCUGAAGCUGCCAAUGGUCCGCUUCACAAGAAAGCAGGGUAAGUCCUGACGUGAUCCUUACGUGCAGAUACAAAACGGAAGCUACUGCACACGAUAAUACGUGACGAUAUUGGCUCUCAUGUGCGUUUUGUGUCAGAAAAAAUUGACAAGAAGAAGGAAUCUCAUAAGCUCGCCACGGCCUCAGCAGACCAGAGCUCGUCAAUGCCUGUCAUCGUGCGCCAGGCGGGCGACAAAGAAGGCGACGCAGUGCCGCCACCGGCGUAUGAGAGCCCCCCUGCCAUCGUCUGCUCUCUCACAUCCGCCGCACAGGGCCACAAGGGCAUCCCCCGUGACCACGAGGAGCGGCGUCCCGAGCCCCUCACUGCCACCAUGAUACAGCCGUCAUCGGCUUCUCUCCCCCCGUCACCCCCACCACCAGCACCAGCCACUAGCCCGCCAGUCAAGGAGACUGUCGCUGAGGUGCCAUUCCAGCCGCCCGAGCCAUGUGACAGCCGUCCUGCUGAUGCGGCUCAGCUGCCGAGCCCCUCAUUCCCGCCAGCUGACGAGCCUCCUGUGGUCAGUGGGAAUGUGGAGGGUCAAGACGACAAUCAGCACGAAGGGGGGCAGGGGGCUGAGAGGGCGCGAGUGGUCGAUCGGCACACCGUGGCUAAUGUGCCACCUGCGGAGCGGACGCCAUCGAAGGACGCGGUAGUGGUGACGCCAGCAGAUUGGGUGUACAGCCCCGGCAGCCCCUCUGUUGGCUGCCUUACCUCUCAUGGAUCCCCACUGCCAUCCAACUCAGCAUGUGCUUCGAUCGACGAUAACAACGCGCGCCAGUCGUCCUCCCGACUGCCACCGCUGCCCAACAAGCCUGCGAGACGUUAUCUGAAGCUACCAGCUGUUCCCUUCACAAGAAAGCAGAGUAAGUCCUGACGUGGUCCUUACGUGCAGAUGAGAAAGGGAAGCGAACAUAACUAUAUUGACUCUCAUGGGCGUUUUGUGCCAGGGAGAACCGGCAAGGAGAAGGAGAAGGAGAAGGGAUCUUUUGAGCUCGCUACGGCCUCAGAAGACCAGAGCUCUUUAUCGCCUGUCAUCGUGCGCCAAGCGGGCAACAAGGAAGACUACGCCAUGCCAUCACCGCCAUAUGAGAGUCCCCCUGCAAUCGCCCGAGCUCUCACACCCGCCGCACAGGAUUACAGCAACAUCCCUCGUGGCCACGAGGAGCAGCUUCCGGAGCCCCUUGCUGCGACAAUGAUACAGCCGUCAUCGGCUUUUUCCACUCCCCCACCACCAGCCCCAGCCACUAGCCCGCCAGUCAAGGAGACUGUCGCUGAGGUGCCAUUCCAGCCGCUCGAGCCAUGUGACAGCCGUCCUGCUGAUGUGUCUCAGCUGCCGGGCCCCUCAUUGCCACCAACUGAUGCACUUCAGGGGCAAGAGGAGAAGCAGCGCCUUAGCAGGCAGAGGACGCUAUUGCAGCUCUCGGCAGAAAUGUCAUGUGAAGAAGCGGAAGAAAUGCUCCCGUUUAUUGAGGAGGAAGCGGCGAGGAGGGGCAUGGAUAUGGAUCAUUAUGUGGCUGCCGUCAAGCAGCAGGAAGCGGCGGCAGCAAAGUCUCAGAAGGAGAACAAGACGGGGCCUCGGGAGGUAUCAAGCAUGCCUGCCGAAUCAUUUCCUUCCUGGCUGGAGACGGCGAGUCUCUUCUUCAGCUCCAUGAUUUCCCCCUUCUCGACCUUCCAAGGAUUCAGCGGUGUGUUGGCAGCGGGGGAUGGGCGUGGGACAAGGAGAAGAGAUGUUCGCCAGCCUUCCCCACGAAGAAGCCGACAGUAUGUAAAUGACAGCGUAAAACUGUGGAAGCGAAAAGAGGAUGUACUUUUCGUUCGUUCUUCUGUUUUUUCAGUUAUGUGGAUGCCGACCGAUCCAACUUUGAUGAGAGAGGCUUUCCUUGGCCAGGCGUGACGCCGCGUGAUAUCUUCCCCCACCGCCGCACGCCCCCCGCCAACAAACCACUUGAUGAGACCAUGCCCGACAACGUGUCCCUCUUCAGCUCACUACCCGACAACGACGAAGAAGCCGCGAGUGGUGAACCAAGACGUACCCGAGUAUUCCCCGUCGCCGUCCAGAUGGAGUUGAGGAGAGGAUUCUAUGGGGCGGGUGUUGGGCUAAAUGUAGGCUCCCGGAGUAUAUCUGGUUCCCAAAGCGACCCCGACGAAUGGGUGCCUUCAAUCAUCGAGGGGGACGAAGAGCGAAGCAGCAGCAGCAGCAUCAACUGA